AUGUUCCAGUGCUUGGGGUUGGGCACUCACGAAUCUGGCGGUUGUGGUGAGGACUGGUACCAUCCUGGUUGCGUAGUGGGUCUUGGACCGAAAUGGUUCGAGAAGAGCGAGAAGAAACCUACAAAUGGCAAAAUUCACGGCGUUACUACAUCGGGAGAGCUGGCUACAAUCUCAGAAGAUGCCGAGAAUGCUCCAAAUGCGCCGGACCCUGUUGAAGGUGGCGAAGAGGCCGACGAUGAUCCGCCGCCUCCCCCAGGAUUUCCUGCUGAUGAUGACUUCGAGACGUUCAUAUGCUACAAAUGCGUCGAAGCACAUCCAUGGAUCAAGAAAUACGCGGGCACGCCUGGCUUCUUGCCUCCUGUCUAUCUGCAACCAGACAAUGCUCCUGACGCCGCCCCCGUGGGGCAAAUACAGCAACCGUCACAGCCUGGGCAGGGCGAGAAUGUGCUCAAGAAGCGGAAAGCGGAUGAAAUGGAAUCAUCAGAGCCGCAGGAUGCGAAACGCCAAAAGGGUGAGGCGGGCGAUUCAUUGGGGAACCAAACGCCCCCUCCGUCAACGACAACAUGCAAGCUUGAUGAGCUGCCCUCUGCACCAGAAGGACACUUUUCUCUAUUCUGCAAAUCCAGUUUUAGAGACCAUUUCUGCCGCUGUUCUUCAUGUUUCCCGCUUCUCAAGCCUCAUCCACAGCUGCUAGAAGAGGAAGAAGUGUAUGAACCACCACUGUCCAAUGAUGGCUCCGAGAAUGCUGCUUCAACACAUGGCAGUGGCAGUCUCCUCGAGCGAGGCGAGAGUGCGUUGAAGAAUGUCGAUCGAGUGCGAGCCAUCGAAGGGGUUAUGGCGUACAACCACUUGAAGGAGCAGCUUAAACCUUUUUUCCAACAAUUUGCCGAGAGUGGAAAGGCUAUUGGUGCCGAGGAUAUCAAGGAGUAUUUUGCAAAGCUUCGAGGUGAUGAUCAAGCUAUCAAGGAUGCGGGGGAGGCUGCGAAAUCUACUCCAGUUGUACCAGACACACUCUUUCAGGUUCCCGUGGCUUUUCUUAUCAGCCUUAUUUCUAUUUCUUACGAGGCCAACUCUUUCAAGACCUGGCUCUACGCUCUGGUCAUCAUGGCAGAUAAUGAAGUCACCGAGAGCGCCUCGCCAGGCAGCGACUCCAAGCCCCAUCCAGUCACAGAUCUACGGAGAGCUAGCACCAACUCCAACAUGGAGCAACAGAACCAGCUGCAUCGUGAUAUCAGCUUGAGGCAGCUAUGUUGCAUGGCCAUGGGUAGCUCAAUUGGCGCUGGUAUUCUCGUCGCGUCAGGCAUUGCUUUGGGUCAAGCUGGUCCUGGAUCCACCGUCCUCGGUUAUGGUAUCUGCGGUCUCAUGGUUAUCCUCGUCAUGGGCGCUGUCGGCGAAACCUCGACAAGCUAUCCCGUCAAUGGAGCAUUCUAUGACUAUUCGGUUCGCUUCAUUAGCCCGGCAUGGGGCUUUGCCAUGGGCUGGAACUUUGUUAUCAAUUGGCUCAUCAUCCUACCGUUCGAACUGACCAUUCUCGCCAUCAAAUUACAGAACUUUGCUCCAGAUAUCAAUGUUGCCGUGUUCGUUGCGUGCUUCCUUUUUGGACUCAGUGUCGUGGGCUUGCUGGGUGCCAAGAUGUUUGCGGAAGUCGAACACUGGGCAGGUCUUGUGAAGGCACUUGCUCUGACGAUGUUCAUAUUCAUUGCUAUCGUCAUCAUCACUCGAGGCAUUCCUGGAGACCCUCGAGGCGCAGUUGGUGGGAGGUUCUGGCACGACCCAGGCGCAUUCUUGAAUGGGUUCCAAGGAUUUAUGGUCGUCUUCAGCAUUGCCGGUAUAUCAUACGGCGGGUCUGAAGUCCUCGGUCUCACCGUGGCUGAAUGCCGUAAUCCACGAAGGAUGAUGCCUAUCGCGGUAAAGCUAUCCUUCGUGCGGAUUCUCAUUCUCUGCGUUGGUACACUUCUCAUGGCAGGCUUUGUUGUGCCAGCGAAUGACUCCUCUUUCGCCGAGUUCAAGAAGCAUGGUGCCAACAUCAGCCCCUUCGUCAGGGCUAUGGAAUUGGCAAACCUGCCCAAGCUGUCCACAUUCUAUAAGGUAGUCAUCAUCGUCGCAGUCAUGUCCAUGGCGAACACCUCUAUCUAUGCGUCCAGCAGAGCGCUUCAGGCACUCUGUGCGAAAGGCAUGGGUCCACGUAUCUUCGCAAAGGUCGUCAAGUUUAAAGGCUUACCCGUGUAUGCGGUUGUUGUUGCUAUCGCCUUCGGAUGCCUGGCUUUUGUCGCAGGCGCUCCUUACGGGAACAAGAUGUUUCUUUGGUUGCUGUCGAUUGCCGGGCUGUCUAACUACUUCACCUGGGGCUCCAUUCUUGUCAGUCAGAUUCGCCUUCGACAAGCCAUGAAGGCACAGGGUCGUGAGACUCGCGACCUUGUGUGGCGCAAUCCUUUCGGCACAUGGGGAUCAUGGCUCGGCCUCGCCAUCUGCGUUGUGGGUGUAGCAGCACCCGUCAUCACCGCGUUCUGGCCACUCUCACACAAGUACGACGCAGAGGCAAUCGUUCGUAACAUCUUCGGUUUCUUUGGAAUCGUGAUUUUGUGGCUGGGCUACCACUUCUAUCAACGUCGUCGAGGAAACGCCCAAACAUGGCUAGUUCCCCUUCCUGACAUUGACCUCAACACCGGCCUAAGAGGGAAGGAGGAUCUUGUAGAGGUCUCAUCGGCUUAA